CAGCACGGCAGCUGGACGGCUCUCUCCCGGCUCAGUAGCUGUCAGCGCGCGGAGGUCACAGCGCUCCCGGCAUCAUGGCAACCAUCAGCUCCCUGCGCUCCGUCAUCUGCUGCAGCGUCCGGGCCCAGGUGCGGGCAUUCCACAGCUCGCCCUCCCUAAAUGAAGCAGUCAUCAUAUCUGGGAGGAAGCUGGCUAGACAAAUCCGUCAGGAGGCCCGGCACGAUGUGGAGCAGUGGGUGGCAGCUGGCAACAAGAGGCCUCAUCUCAGCGUGGUCUUGGUUGGUGACGAUCCUGCCAGCCAUUCAUAUGUACUGAACAAGACCAGGGCCGCUGCGGAUGUGGGAAUCAGCAGUGAAACCAUUCUGAAACCCUCAUCCAUCACUCAGGAUGAGCUACUGGAUCUGAUUGGCAAGCUCAAUGAUGACUGCCAUGUGGACGGCUUGUUGGUGCAGCUUCCUCUCCCAGAGCAUCUUGAUGAAAGGGAAGUGUGCAACGCGGUAAUCCCAGAUAAAGACGUAGAUGGUUUCCAUGUAGUGAAUGUGGGCAGAAUGUGUCUAGACCAGUACUCCAUGUUGCCUGCCACUCCCUGGGGGGUGUGGGAGAUUAUCAAAAGAACAGGAAUCCCCACUCUAGGAAAAAAUGUAGUGGUAGCUGGAAGGUCCAAAAAUGUGGGAAUGCCCAUUGCAAUGCUUCUUCAUACAGAUGGUAAACAUGAGCGCCCCGGAGGUGAUGCCACUGUUACAAUAUCACACCGGUACACUCCUAAGGAACAGCUGAAGAUGCACACUAGAAUUGCUGACAUUGUCGUUGCGGCUGCAGGAAUUCCAAAUCUCAUCACCGCGGACAUGAUCAAGGAAGGUGCUGCUGUCAUUGAUGUCGGAAUAAAUCGCGUACAGGACCCAAUCACUGGAAAGCCUAAGCUUGUUGGGGAUGUGGACUUUGAUGAAGUGAGAAAGAAGGCGAGUUACAUAACGCCGGUCCCUGGAGGUGUGGGUCCUAUGACAGUCGCUAUGCUGAUGAAGAACACCGUUAUCGCUGCGAAGAGAAUGCUGAAACCAGAAGAACAACUACUACAAGCCUUAGUCCUUUAACACCUACUCAUUCAAAGAACUGUCUUUACAUUCCAAACCCACUCCCUGAACAGGCCGAAGAAAUGCAAUAUUUGUAUUUAUUUUAGAUAAUCCACAGGCUUCCCAGGCCAGGUUUUAUGCUCUCAUUACAGGCAGAGCGGCAGAUCUGUGGCUGCCCGGGGGCCUCGUUACUCAUCCAUUAAAUGCAAACUCAUGUGCUGUUACAGGUGGCUGUUACUAGUAACUGUUACAGGUGCAUGCUAAGCCAAAGGUAAUGCUGUUUGGCAUCUAGGAUGUUAAAAGGCAGGGUUUGACGCUUCAAGGAAUCCAGUGCUGAUAGGGAUUCUAGAUAAAAUAAUGCAGCCCACGACCACGGUCACUUCUCUGGUUAGUGAAGCAUUAUGGUCCGUGGAGGACUUUUAGGUAGUAAUGCUUGCAUAGGUUCUCUGUUACCUUUGAACCUCAAGGCAAGGAAAUUAUUUUACCAGAUUGGCAAUUUCCUAUAACAAUGGCAGCUGUUGGCGGACAUCUGGGAUCACAUGUUCUAUGCUAAAUACCACCAUGAUUAGAUGUGCCUCUGCUGAGAGUUUGAUGUAAGUGACUGGGCAGGAGGAUUUGUAAAAAGAAGUUGAUAAAUGGAGGCAAGCAAGGCUGGACUCAUCUGAGUCCUACAGAACACCAGAUUAAAACACAGCUGCUCACUUAUUCUGGGCUAUUGGGUUUAUUUUAAAAACUCAUCUGCUCAUUGCAUUUUUAACUUAUGAUUUGAGUGUAAUUGUGAAUGGAGCAUGUUGAACCAAUUCUGCAGUUGAUUCAGAAAUGCUGGGAGCGAGUAUUUUGGGAAUUUGUUACAGAUCCAGUUGGAAUAAUAAUUUGUGAUACAAAUGCGCCUGCUCUUCAGUGUGUAUACCACAGUGUGACAGAUGUAGGUGAUAUUAACAUGAAUUAAAAUUCCAAUUCCCA